AUGGACCAGACCGGCGAGUUGGCUGCCGAAAACGAGGAUGACGGAGAUGUCAGAUUAUUCAACGACGUCUAUUGGAGUUCGGUGGUGCCCCGGGCCACGGACGAUACACGAUGGUUUCCAUUUCGCCGCCUCCCUCCCGAGCUACGCCUACACAUUUGGUGGCUGUUCCUCCAGAAACACCGCAUGAUCGAAUUGAAUAUUUUCGGAGACAGGGAUAGUCCCUACAACAACGCCUACGCGGACCGCAACCAUCUAAACAAGGUGGUUAGCGGCCGGGCUUACAGAGUCGAAAUCCACGGCCGGGGCUACGCCGUCUCGCUCAGCCCAUUACUUUGGGUCAACAGCGAGUCAAGGCAAGCUACUCUAGGCUACUACCGGGUUCACCUGCCCUUCCCUGGGCCCGGCGGCGACAGAGUGCUUUACCUGAACCCGGAACACGACGUGCUGGACCUCGGCGGUUCAUGUCACCCACACAUACUACCAGACUUUGUGUACGAUGUCCGAGCCUAUGACCCGCAAGACCGGGGGAUCACCCACCUCGCUAUACGGGAAAUGUGUUUCGCUCACUAUCCCGAAGACCCCAGUCGUCCCUAUCCAUAUUUGAACCCUACCCACCUCCAUCCUGCUGCGGCAGAAGCGUUUGCCGACGCCCUCCGCAGCACGCUCCGUUCCGUCCUUUGUGUGAUCAAAUUUCGGAGUUGUAUGAGGGGCACAGGGCAGCCACCUCCGGGAAUGGCCCCCUAUCAUUUCGCCCAAACACUCCCGCUCCGUCGACGCGGCGUUCCGGUCGGGUCUCUUUCCUGGUUCGAGACUGAUCCGCGGUGGGGUGUCGAGUUUGAUCUCGGCACCCUCAUACUCGGCACCGACGCGGAGCGUGUCGGGGGCGACUGGGAAAGGCUUGAAAAGGCAUUCGGGGUUCACAGCCGGCCGAAGGAUAGCCGAUUUCGUUUCUACAUCUGUCCCGCGCUGAACUGGCCGCGCCAGUCUGGGGUAGCGGGAAGGGAAAAGCCGCUGCUGGCAAGCUCGAGAGAAGGGCUGGCGCAGCAUCUGCGUGAAGAGGAUGCCGACUGGCUGUCCACUCGGCAACACCUUUGGGACCUCUAUAAGAAACACCUCCCGGGCCGGAGUAUGAUGGCUAAGCACGGCCCGAUCGUGGACGCCGCAACGUCCCAGAGGAUGGAAAGCGUGCCCAGCACCGCCAUCGGUCUGUGGCUGUUCCCACCUGAGGCGUUUAAAGAGCGGAUCCUCCGCUUCCGGCCUUAUCAUAUCUUCAACGUCCCGCCUGUUCGCCCCGGCUUGUUCCUAUUUGAUGUUUAGAACCUCUCGAUGGUUGGACUACUACCUGACGGGAACGAACUUGACUAUUGUUACUAUUCGGUACCGGCGACCUCUGGAAAGAUCAACAUCGGUUCUAGCUAUCGGGUUCAUGUCUCUGGUUAAGCAGGGCACUUGUUCACG